AUGAGGCCUGCAGCUGCAAGCAACUCUACUACUAGUGGUGGUGCAGAUGGCGGCGAAUUCCAGCACUGGAACUCUCCACUCCCUUACCUCUUUGCUGGGCUAGCUCUGCUGUUAGGACUCAUCGCCAUGGCAUUGCUUAUUCUAGCUUGCUCUUACAAAACAUCACCAUCCGAUUCACUUCCUGAUCAUGAGGCUCAAGAAAAAUCUCAUAACAAGCAAGUCACGUUUCAACCCUUGGAGAUGGAGCCCAAGAUUGUUGUCGUCAUGGCUGGUGAUCAUAACCCUACUUACUUGGCUAAGCCGGUGGCUCGCACCUGUUAA